CAUGUUUCCUUUGUUGUGAGCUGGGGCCGGGACUGCUGGCUUUCCUGGACGCCGGCGCCCAAGAGUGCUCCGCGCAGUCAGCCGCUUCCAGCCGUCGCCGAGAGGUACCUGGCGGGGUGACAGCUCCGGACUGGACGCAAGGCGAGGACCCGGAGACGAAGGGGCGGCGGGAAUCCUCGGAGGCUGCUGCUGGACCCGCAGGACCCUUGUCUGAGGCAGGGGUCACCGGGUCGCACGGUGUGGACAUUUAAACAACACAAAUACUCCAGUGGGAGCUUUGAUCAAGCAAAUGCUAAAAAGCUACAUAAAGAAGAUCCCUAACAACCAUUUCUCAGCAAUUAUAUAGCCGUCUGAUGUAACAAUGGUACUAAUAUUGGGACGCAGACUAAAUAGAGAGGAUCUUGGAAUGCGCGAUUCGCCAGCAACUAAGCGUAAAGUUUUUGAAAUGGACCCUAAAUCUCUGACAGGCCGUGAGUUUUUUGACUUCUCUUCAGGAUCAUCCCAUGCGGAAAACAUACUCCAGAUAUUUAAUGAAUUCCGAGACAGCCGCUUAUUCACAGACGUUAUCAUUUGUGUGGAAGGAAAAGAGUUUCCUUGCCACAGAGCUGUUCUUUCCGCCUGCAGCAGCUACUUCAGAGCUAUGUUUUGUAAUGACCACAGAGAAAGCCGAGAAAUGUUGGUUGAGAUCAAUGGCAUUUUAGCUGAGGCUAUGGAAUGUUUUUUGCAGUAUGUUUAUACUGGAAAGGUGAAGAUCACCACCGAGAAUGUGCAGUAUCUUUUUGAAACCUCCAGCCUCUUUCAAAUUGGUGUUCUCCGGGAUGCAUGUGCCAAGUUCUUGGAGGAGCAACUUGAUCCUUGUAACUGCUUAGGAAUCCAGCGCUUUGCUGACACCCAUUCACUCAAAACACUCUUCACAAAGUGCAAAACCUUUGCAUUACAGACUUUUGAGGAUGUGUCCCAGCAUGAAGAAUUUCUUGAGCUUGACAAAGAUGAACUCAUUGACUAUAUCUGUAGCGAUGAACUUGUUAUUGGUAAAGAGGAGAUGGUUUUUGAAGCUGUCAUGCGUUGGGUCUAUCGUGCUGUUGAUCUGAGAAGACCACUGCUGCACGAGCUCCUGACACAUGUGAGACUCCCACUGUUGCAUCCUAACUAUUUUGUUCAAACAGUCGAGGUGGACCAAUUGAUCCAGAAUUCUCCUGAGUGUUACCAGUUAUUGCAUGAAGCAAGACGGUACCACAUACUUGGGAAUGAAAUGAUGUCCCCAAGGACUCGGCCACGCAGGUCCACUGGCUAUUCAGAGGUGAUAGUUGUUGUUGGAGGCUGUGAACGAGUUGGAGGAUUUAAUCUUCCAUACACGGAGUGCUAUGAUCCUGUAACAGGAGAAUGGAAGUCUCUGGCCAAGCUUCCAGAAUUCACCAAAUCAGAGUAUGCGGUAUGCGCCCUAAGAAAUGACAUUCUUGUCUCAGGUGGAAGAAUCAAUAGCCGUGAUGUCUGGAUCUAUAACUCACAGUUAAAUUUUUGGAUCAGAGUCGCCUCUCUGAAUAAAGGCAGGUGGCGUCACAAAAUGGCGGUACUCCUUGGUAAAGUAUAUGUUGUUGGGGGCUACGAUGGGCAGAACAGACUCAGCAGUGUAGAGUGUUACGAUUCCUUCUCAAACCGGUGGACUGAAGUUGCUCCCCUUAAGGAGGCAGUGAGCUCCCCUGCUGUGACCAGCUGUGUGGGAAAGUUGUUUGUGAUUGGUGGAGGACCUGACGAUAACACUUGUUCUGAUAAGGUUCAGUCUUAUAAUCCAGAAACCAAUUCUUGGCUCCUUCGUGCAGCUAUCCCAAUUGCCAAGAGGUGUAUAACAGCUGUGUCCUUAAACAAUCUGAUCUAUGUUGCUGGUGGGCUGACCAAAGCAAUAUAUUGUUACGAUCCGGUGGAGGACUACUGGAUGCAUGUACAGAAUACCUUCAGCCGACAGGAAAACUGUGGUAUGUCUGUGUGCAAUGGUAAAAUAUAUAUCCUGGGUGGAAGACGGGAAAAUGGAGAGGCCACAGACACUAUUCUCUGUUACGACCCUGCAACAAGUAUCAUCACAGGUGUGGCUGCCAUGCCCAGGCCCGUGUCCUACCAUGGCUGUGUGACCAUUCACAGAUACAGUGAGAAGUGCUUUAAGCUCUAACACCAGGCUGCCUCACCCAGGAGCCGCGUCAAGCCAGGAAGAGAGGCUUGGAACCUCCAAGUGGGAAUGUCCUCCUUCGGGCCCUAUACAAAAGCGGUAAAAAGAAUGAUCCUGGUGCCUUUCUCCCAGAAAUACCGGCCUUGUAAACUGUAAUGAAGCUUUUCUAUUCAUUAAAAAAUGUUCCUUGUUAAGGGUAAUAGCGGUUGCUUGGCGUUUGCGAGUGUACCCUUGUAAAUAUUUAUAAGAAGCGCGAGUGGACUGGAAAACAGUGUCCACGUUACUGUUUAGGACUCUGAAAGGACUCCUCACACUGUAUGUAUCUUUGGCUAUAAGACUGUACACCCCUGAUUUUAUCCUGUGUAGAGAAAAUUGCAUGGUCGAGGCUUCUAUUAGGUCAACUCAUCUAAUGCUAAAAACAUUUAGAUUGCAUUCUGAUAGGAAGAAAAUCAGUUUUAAAAAUCUUUGUUACUGACCUAGAAUAUCCAAAUUGGUUAAUUUGAUUGAAGGAUUUUUCCUGUAAUUGAUAAAAAUGUUAAAAUGAUGACAGUUUGAGUACCAUGAAAAUACUGAAUUAUUGUGACUUCAUUCUUAUAUUUGCUGUCUUACACAAAACAUAUUUUUGUGGGGAAGGUAGGAGAUACAAAAGUAAAUGCCCAUAAAAGAGGGAUUAAAAAUGCAGAUUAAAUAAUGCAGAUUAAUUCCUAAGAAAAAGUAAGUAACUAUUGAAGAGAAAACUGUGGCCUCCAGUGAUUUUCCAAGCAGCAGUACAUCAAAAUAAGUCCUCUAAGGAAGCCGCAUUCCUUGGACCUCACAAGGGAGUUGAAGCAUUUUGCAAUGUGGUCUUGUGGAAAGCAGUGAGGAGUUCCUCCCCAGCCCAGCAGGCUUCAACAGGCUUCAGCAGGCUUCAGCAGGCUUCGCAGUGCUCUGGGUGGAGACUCUUCCCUGUUACUGCUGUCUUGUGAAGGCUGAACGUUCUGAGAAUCUCUGUUUUUAGGGUGCCUUUCAGAGGCCAAACCAGGGACCACAUAUCUUAGUGGGUCCAUUUUUCUUUUACAUUUAGCUAUCUGGAAAGAAAGAACAGUCACUGCAGUCUUCUGAGAUACCUCUUUCCUUUGGUACCCAUUGUGUAAAAUAUUGAUCAGCGUUUUCAAGUUUCCAUAAGACGACAAACUGCUUUUUUUAUGUUUCUCAACUCCAGUUUAUAAAGCUUACCAGUUUCCAGAAAAGAAUAUAGGGUUUUUUCUAAGGCAGAUAAAUGGCUAUGGAAGGAACUGCAGCGUAAGCAAUUAUUAGGAGUCCUGGGUGGAUGGGUAUACCUCCUGCCUCCCACCUCCCAGGGCCAUGGGAGGUAGCUUGCCGCAUUCACUUGGAAUCCCUGUCCCCCUUCACAUUGUAACGGUAUGUGCUGUGUCACGGUCGGGAGGCAGAUAUCCAAUCACAGUUUCCUGUUACAAGCAAGGUAGUCAUCAAAAACCUAACGCUGCUAAACUUUUUUCUCCUCACCUUAGAAAUUUCAGAUUGAGAAAUUUUAAUGCUUAGCUAGAAUCCAAAUUCUGAAGAAAGCUCUAAAAACUGUAUCUUUAGGGCAUUUUAAAUCAUAAUUUUAAAACGAUAUAUAACUGUGAUAACUAUCAAAGCAAUUCAGAAAACAGGUAUCUGUCAUUUAUUUGAAAACCAGUUGUUCCUACAAUUGACUUGCAUUUUUAUAGUAAACAUCUGCAUUAUACUUUUGUAAAUAAACCUAUUUAGUUCAGAAAUUCUUUAUACUAGAUGACAUAAUGUAUGAAAAACUGUUCUGUAAAUGCUUGGGAUUAUACAAAUGAUACUUGUUAUUUUCAUGUGUAUUUGUAAGGUUAUGUUCAUCCAUAUAUACAGAUACUUCACAUAAAAGGGCUUUCUCAAGAUAAUUUCGUAUCCUAGUAUUUUUGUCUAUUAUAAAAAUAUUAAUUGAUGUAUUUUGUUAUAUUUUUCAUAUCCAUGUUUUUUGUAAAUUUGAAGUGAAACUAAAAACCAGAAUUUGUUUGAACAUAAACCUCAUACCAAUAUUGUUUAAUUCUUUUUCUCUACAUAAAUUAGUUGUAAUUUAUGUUAAAGAUCACCAAGGAAUCAUCUUGACUACUAGAAAAUUGUUUUUAAAGUUUCCAAAUGAUAUUUUAACUUCAGUUAAAGAUCCUUUACUAAUUCCUGAUAAUUAAUGCUAUUUUCCUUGAGACAGAACCUUAGGUUAUGUGAAGAAGGAUAUGCCAACCAGAGUGCUGUCAGGUGAUGUUCAUUCAUUCUGUCACCCCCAUAGUUGAAAGACUUUCUUUUAACAGGUGAUGUUCACAGGAGCCCUUGGGUUAGUAUACAUGUAUAUGUAUAUGUAGAUAGAUGGUAUGGUUGUAUACACACAUAUAUACAAACAUCAAGGAUUUUUGCAGUGUGAUGAUCAGAAAACUUUGAUCAUCUUAAAUGCAGUUCCAAAAUUUUUAACUGGGAAUUUCUACAGUACGUUUAUAUUUGAAAGUACAAAAUGAGAUGGAUAUGGUGGCAUAUGCCAGAAUUCCCAGCACUUGGGAGGCCGAGGCAUGAGGAUUGCUAUGCAUUUGAGGCCAGCCUGAACAACAUAGCAAGGGCCUGUCUCAACAACAGCAAAAAGUGGAAGACUAGUGUUAAUAACAAUAACUUUUACACUAUCAGAAUCUCUAUAGCUCACCAGUUUUACAAGGUCAGAAAACAAAUCAGCCGAAUAGCUGUUUGCUGACCCAACUAUGAUGCCUCAGUGAGAAAGGAUUUUCGGAGUUGCUUUACAGAUCAGUGGGAAGUCCAGUCGAUGUGUGCUUCAUGAACUUUAAUCCUUCCUAUGUCCUCCACUACGCGAGUGAGUGACAGAGUCAUCUGACUGCUGCCUCUUCUGUGACGUUGCCACUGAUUUCACUGCGCAGGUGUGAAAUGGUAGCUCGUGGGACGUGCAGUGACCAUUUUUUCCUAGCUGACUGAAAUACAGGUAUUUACUGCAUUUAAACCAGGUUAAGAAAAGAUGAUGUAAGUACUCAGGGAGGGUCUUCAUUUGUCACUUUCGCCUGUUUGGGGUGUUUAAAGUGCUAACUUUCGGUUGAUAAUUUUAGAGUAAAUUUAAUUUGGUAAAGGGGCGUUGCACACAGCUGUCAUUGGACAUUCUUUUGUACCUAGAAAGAUGAAAAUGUUUUGUGAACCGAUGCAUUUUCUCUUGGUGACUAUGAAUGCUCUGUCUGUCAGAUAACCCUUUUUCAAACUCAGGAAGACAAAGGUUCAAUUAUACCACUUUUGUCCGUAUGCAAGCCAGGUGUGUGUUUCUUUUUUCCUGUUACCUGGAUAUGGCAAUGGAUUUUUAAAAAAUACUGUGAGAACCUGUACAUGACAGGAGAGGGGUUGAGCUGCUUGUGUCUGCCUUGUAUGUCUUGACAUUUACAUGUGGAAAAGACAUCUCCAGACUGUUUUCAAAAAGGAGAGCUUGCUAUUUAUACGGUGCCAAGUGAUAAGAUGCUGUCUUCUAAGGCUUCCUAUGGACUGCCUUUAUUUUAGUAAACUCAAGAAAAUAGUUUCAACACAACUUUGGCCUUAUUAGAAUCCGUUGUGCACUAUGUUGAAAGCCAGGUUUACUUCGCCUCACCCUAUUAUCUUUUUAGGUAAAUAGACCGUACCAAGGCCCCAGGCUCGUCAGUUGGGUUGACCUGUGGAGCAGGAGGUCUGAUGAGCUAGCUGCCCUAGCAUUAGUCACCUCUAAUGCUUAGGCACCGGAAGCCACUUGAGCCAGGAGUGUGAACUGAUAAUUCCAGUGCCGUUUCAACAUAUGCUAAACAUUUUUAAAUGUUUUAUAUGAGUGUUUUACAUUUGUGUGAUUGCCUUAGAUAGUGAAUUUACAUAGUACUAAGGACGAUCCUCAUAAAUAAUUUUUUAAAAGUUGUAAAUUAUUUUAUAUUUCUUUUCCAAAGAAAAGAAUUUCUGUUUUAGUUUUUUCAAAAUAACUGCAGCUGCGUUUAUGUGCCUUAAGUUACCAGGGCUAUUUUAAGAUCUCAAUCUAAAUAAAUAUAACGUUAGAUAAGUUUCAUAUUUGUUUCCUUUAGAGACAAUAAACUUCCCUUCCUAAGUGUUCUAAUGAGUACUAACUUUCUUGGCAGAAUGAGAAUGUUCAGAGAGGCUAUUGGGUGCUUGGAGUUCUCUUUUUCAUUUUUACUCUUUGAUACCCAGGUGCUCUUUUUAAAUAUUCAGGUGGGCCAGGGAUUUAGCUCAGUGGCAUAAGUGCCUGCCUGGCAAGUGUGAGGUCAUGAGUUCGAUCCCCGGUACCAAAAAAUAAAUAAAAUAUUCAGGUAACCUUGACCUUAAAUUGAGUAAACCCUUAUAAAAGCCAUUUGCAGUACUCCAUGUGAUGCUGAAGAAGUGUAUCUGCUUGCUUCCAGUCCAUUCUUACGUGCCAUUUUCUGGCUUCCUGCAUAGGCUCUUUCUUUAACUUUCUUGAAAAGACAUUUAUUCUUUUUUUCCUCACCCCUCCCUGCAGUGUAUUUAAACUUCUCUUGAGAGGUUCCUGAGCUAUCUAAGGCAACCCAGCUUUACAGUCGAACAAAAGUAUAAUCUGCAUCUAGUACGGACCUUUGGUAGCAAAGCGUCAUUUGCUUUCCGUACGAGGCUCCAGAGUCCUCACAGUGAAGAAAACCUUUAAAAAGCUGGUUUCAUCAUUCUCAGUUCAAUUGUAGCACAAUCAUCCAUCUUGUUUAAAUACUGCAUAGUGUAAAUUUAUGUAAGUUGUUAACUAAUAGAAAGUUUUUAACCAUUAUUACUUGACUGUAUGGUUGUAUUAAAUUUUAUUUACCAAAAA